CUGGCCGAAAUUCUAUUUAAGCAAUAGUGUUUAGUGUUUUGGUCGAGCUACUGCCAAACUUAUAGUACUUAAAAGUCUUAUCUUUGAGUGUGUACGAAAUAUGUGCGCUACCCAACUACAUUGAGGAUUUGAAACAUCUUCGGUACCUUAAUUUAUCACAGACCUUGAUUAAAUGGUUGCCCGAAUCAGGAGUAGUCUCUACAAUUUAUAGACAUUAUCAUUAAGAGGUUGUCACUCCCUUUGUAAGUUGCCCAGCAAGUUGGAAAUUUGGGGAAGUUGUGCCAUCUUGACAUUCGAGAUACUCCAAAAUUAGAAGAGAUGUCCUCGGGGAUUGGUAGAUUGAAAUAUUUGCAAACAUUGCUGAAAGAUUUUUGUUGGUAAAAGUAGUGGAUUUGGACUCAGAGAUUUGAGCAGUCUAUUGCUUUUGAGAGGGAUGCUUUCCAUUGUAGGGUUAGAAAAUGUUAUAGAUGUGCGGGAUGCAGAGGAGGCCAAUUUAAGUUGUGAGCAAGAACUUAAUGAGUUGGAAUUUCAAUGGAGUAGUGACAUUGAAGAUUCUCAAAAUGAACGGCUAAAAGUCAGUGUACUUGUGUUCUACAGGGGCAUCACAUUUUCUACUUGGAUUGGGGAUCGGUCAUUCUCUAAAACAGUGUCCAGUAGUCUUGAAGGUUGUAGGAAAUGCGAGACUUUACCACCACUUGGCCAGCUACCCUUGCUCAAAGAACUAUAUCUAAAGGACAUGUAUGUUGUAAAAAGCGUGAGUGCAGAGUUCUAUAGUGAUGAUAAUACUUUGGAAAUUCCAUUUCCAUCUCUCGAGAUUCUGCAGUUUGACAAGAUGCCAGAAUGGGAGAAAUGGCCUUUUUCUCAUGGUGUUGAUUUUAGAGGACUUUUUCCUUGCCUUUGUGAGCUUAUUAUACCCAAUUAUCCUAAACUGGUGAGCGUUCCACUCUAAGACUCCUCUCUCUUCGCAAGUUGCAAAUAGAAGAUUGUGAUGAGGCGGUGUUGAAAUGUUUUACCAAAUUNCUC